UUACUAAUCGUUGAAGACACAUAUAUAUAGUUUUUUCCCACUCAUAUAUUCUUUAAUAUACAUUGUUUAUAUCUCAUUUAAGAAAGAUAUCAUAGAAAAAAAUGGAUUUGAAGAUUCAAGACGAAAAACAAAGUUCAAAUUCUGUGGAAUCAUCAUCGCUCGAAGAUACUUCCUCGAGUGAUACUUCUUCUAAGGAAAAUGACUUCCGUCCAGAACGACCUCAAAAGGAGGCGAAACACUAUAUAGGUGUUAGAGCAAGACCAUGGGGAAAAUUUGCGGCCGAAAUUAGGGAUUCCACUCGGAAUGGAAUUAGGGUUUGGCUUGGAACAUUCAACAGCGCGGAAGAAGCUGCUUUGGCUUAUGACCAAGUUGCUUUGUCAAUGAGAGGUCCAUCAACUUGCCUAAAUUUCCCAGUUGAAAGAGUUAGCAAAAUGUUACAAGAAACAGAAAAUUCCAAUUUCUUCAAGAAUGGAUUGUCACCAGCAGCAGCCUUAAAGGAGAAACACAAAAAGAGAAGUAGUAGUAAUAUUUCAAGAAAAAAGAAAUUACAAAAGGUAAAUCACAAGGAAGAAAAUAAUAAUAAGAAUAAUAAGAAUAAUAAGAAUAAUGUAUUUAUAUUUGAAGAUUUGGGAAGUGAUCUAUUGGAUGAACUCUUGUCUGAGUAUUCUAGUUCAAAUUAGAAUACUCAAUUUCCAUCUUGUU